AAUGGUGACGUCUGUAUUCUAUUUAUGUCACUUGUGCCGUACAAACGACGUUUAUGGUAUGUCAUUGAAAGGUAACAAUUUCUGCGUCCCCUUUCGUAACUUCACCUGUAUCCCGAGACGUAUAAAAACGCGUCCUUGGCUUCAUUGUUGAUUUUUGCGCGCCAAGUGAGUGCCGAAAUCGGCGCACGCGGCGAUGCGCGGGAAACUAAGCGUCAGUCGUCCGUAGUUGCUAGUUGCGCGCGCACGCCACGCCGCGCCGUACCUUAUAGGUUAGAAUUGGCGGGGUUUCGCCGCCAGGUGCUAUCGCCGCCCCCGCUCUAACGCAGUGCCGCUUCUCUCUCCCUCCGUACCUGCACAACAGCUGUUUUCUCUCGGGAGAUUAGUCAGAUGUUUCUCGCGAACCAGUCGUCGCUCACCUGACCUAUUACACGGAUACCAUGGCAGCUGGAGGUCGUACACCGAAGCAGAGGAGGAUUGAGAUGUCUUCGGGGAUGGGCCUACGCGACGUGAACUCCUCGAGGAGAAGGCGCGGGAGCUGCAAAUGUUUAUUCGGAGCGCCGGACAGGGACGAGACACUGCGCCUCAUGGCGGAGCAGUAUGCGCGGGAACGAAAGCGUUUCAUUAGAAGAUUCAACUUCGAUGUCGAGACGGAGUGCGCGUACAAGGCUGCAAAAUUGGAUUCGCCUGUGAAGUUUAUAGAUGAGGAUAAGGAGAGUCCGAGGACGGGUGCGGAGGCGUUGUCCUGCGUGGGAAACACGGAGCUGAGGAUGUUGGGGUCGCCGUCGAGGCGUAGCGGCGGCAGUGCCGGCAGCUCGCCACGCUCGCCCCGCACGCCGCGCACCCCGCGCGCCCCACGCACGCCCCGUACGCCUCGCACCCCGCGCACGCCAGCCUCCAGGAGGCAGCUGCAGAUGACAGAUUACUGGACAUUAAGAAAACACACCGAAUCCGGAUCUAGUGAUAAAGAAAACUAGCACUAGGCCAAUAUUACUAGAAUUAAUCAAAUGCCAAUCAAAAAUCGCAUGUUUCUAAAUUAUUAAAGAGAACCA